CAGCAUGCCCUGGGCGCGGCCGCUCUGCCCCUUCCCCCCCCCUCCCCGCCCGUCUCGUUGGUCGCGGCACAUGCUCGGUGCGCGGGGCCGGCGCGGCCUCCUCACGGCCUCGGCGGCGGCAGCGGGGUCCCGGAGCCCGGCAUGGCGCCCCCCACCGGCAGCGUGGUGGACAGCCAGGCCCCGCGGCUGGUGGCCGAGCAGCUGCGCUGGGACCUGAGCGCGGAGCAGAUCGAGCGCAUGGCCGCAGAGCUCACCGAGAGGACCAAGCUGGUGUACGACCGCGUGGGCGCCCAGGAGCGGGGAGAGGUGUCCUACGAGAACACCCUCAAGGCCCUGGCGGACGUGGAGGUGGAGUACACGGUCCGCAGGAACAUGCUGGACUUCCCCCAGCACGUCUCUCCCUGCAAAGACAUCCGUGCAGCGAGCACCGAGGCUGACAAGAAGCUCUCGGAGUUCGACGUGGAGAUGAGCAUGAGGCAGGACGUCUACCAGAGGAUUGUCUGGCUCCAGGAGAAAGCGGAGAGCGCUUCGCUGAAGCCCGAAGCAAAGAGGUACCUGGAGAGGCUGAUCAAACUGGGCAAGAGAAACGGGCUCCAUCUCCCUGAGGAAACGCAGGAGAAAAUCAAAGCUAUUAAGAAAAAGCUGAGCGUCCUCUGCAUAGACUUCAACAAGAACCUCAACGAAGACACCACCUUCUUGCCCUUCUCGAAGGAGGAACUAGGGGGGCUCCCCGAGGACUUCCUCAACUCCCUGGAGAAGACGGAGGACGGGAAGCUGAAGGUCACCUUGAAGUACCCGCACUACUUCCCUCUCUUGAAGAAGUGCUACGUGCCUGAGACGAGGAGGAAGGUGGAAGAAAUGUUCAACUCCAGGUGCAAAGAGGAGAACUGCCUGAUCCUCAAGGAGCUGGUGGACCUGCGGGCUCAGAAAGCCAGCCUGCUGGGCUUCAGCACCCACGCCGACUUCGUGCUGGAGAUGAACAUGGCAAAAAGCAGCAGGACGGUGGCCACCUUCCUGGAUGAGCUGGCCCAGAAGCUGAAACCCCUGGGGGAGAAGGAGCGGGCCGUGAUCCUGGACCUGAAAAAGAAAGAGUGUGAGAAGCGAGGGCUGGAGUUCGACAACCGCAUCAACGCCUGGGACAUGCGCUACUACAUGAACCAGGUGGAGGAGACCAAGUACAGCGUGGACCAGAACCUGCUGAAGGAAUACUUCCCCAUGCAGGUGGUCACCACGGGCCUGCUGGCCAUUUACCAGGAGCUGCUGGGCCUCACCUUCCACCUGGAAGAGAAGGCUGAGGUGUGGCACGAGGACGUGCAGCUGUACACGGUGAAGGACGCCUCCUCCGGGGAGACCAUCGGCAAAUUCUACCUGGAUCUGUACCCACGGGAAGGGAAGUACGGGCACGCAGCCUGCUUCGGCCUGCAGCCGGGCUGCCUCCUGCCAGACUCCAGCCGGCAGAUCUCGGUGGCUGCCAUGGUGGCCAACUUCACCAAGCCCACGCCGGACGCGCCUUCCCUGCUGCAGCACGAUGAGGUGGAGACCUAUUUCCACGAAUUCGGGCACGUCAUGCACCAGCUGUGCUCUCAGGCGGAGUUUGCCAUGUUCAGCGGGACGCACGUGGAGCGGGACUUCGUCGAGGCACCGUCACAGAUGCUGGAGAACUGGGUGUGGGAGAAGGAGCCGCUGCUGCGCAUGUCCAGGCACUACAAAACUGGAAGCCCCAUCCCCGACGAGCUGCUGGAGAAACUCAUUAAAUCCCGGCAGGCAAACACAGGACUGUUCAACCUGCGUCAGAUCGUCCUGGCCAAGGUGGACCAGGCGCUGCACACCCAGACCAAGGCUGACCCCGUGGAGGUGUUUGCCCAGCUGUGUGAGGAGGUGCUGGGCGUCCCGGCCACCCCAGGUACAAACAUGCCGGCCACUUUUGGCCACCUGGCUGGGGGCUACGAUGCCCAGUACUACGGCUACCUCUGGAGCGAGGUGUACUCCAUGGACAUGUUCCACACGCGCUUCAAGCAGGAGGGGAUCAUGAACUGCAAGGUGGGCAUGGAUUACAGGAACUGCAUCCUGCAUCCCGGCGGCUCCCUGGAUGCUUCUGACAUGUUGAGGAAGUUCCUGGGCCGCGAGCCCAAGCAGGACGCCUUCCUGGCCAGCAAGGGACUGAAGGUGGAGAGCAACUCGCUGCCUUCAGCCUGCUAAAAAGCUGCUCCAGCCCGUCCCAGUCGAGCCAGCUCUUCGGCUGCGCCACCCGGUACAUCCCAACGCGUCCUGGGCCAGCCCCCCGCCGGGAGCUGUUCCUCCAGGAUCCUGCUCCGAGGGCCAGGGCUCUGCAGCGACAGCUCUGCGCAGGGAAUCCGAUUCCCUUUUGUCACCUCUCCCCCCCCCCCAAAAAAAAAAGGAAAAAAAAAAAGGGGGGGAUGGGGCUGGUGCUAGCCCCCCGAAAUUGGCUGAACUUUGAACCCCGUUUCUGCACAAGGGUGAGUUUCAGCCUCAUCGUUAGCCGGGGAGGAGGGUGUGAGGAGGUAGCAAACCCGAAUCCUUGUUUUAAGAAUCCGUGUUUUAAAUUCCUGCUUUUUAACAACCUUUUACCAGCCUUCCCCCGGGGCUCGACUUGCUUUGUGCCCAGGGCAGACUUUGAGCACAAAACAAAAAGGCCCCGAGGGAGCCCUGGUAGGAGCCUGGCUCUCCCCGUCUUUGAUCAGCUGUGGAAUAAAGAAGGGGAGAUGUGAAAAAUGGUUGCAUUUAUGGGAACGUCCUGCCCUGAGCCCCCCAAAUGCUCCUGAACGAGGGCUCUGAGGGCUCUGCUGCGCGUGGCUCUCGCAUUUGGGGCCCCCCGGGGCCACCUUAGGACAGCUGACGGGUGCCUUCUGGGCUCGGGCCACGGCAGCAGGGCGUGCAGCUAUUGCUGUCACCUCUAAACCAGGGUGGAACAGGGGUGGGCCAUGGAAAAAAAAAAAAAAAUAGGAAGAAAAAAGCAGGCAGCUUCCACCAAGGCAGAUGCCUGGGAUAAAAAUACCGAGCGGGAGCCGUGCCAGCGCCCGGGCUCUGGGUGCGGCACCCAACCGAGGGCCAGCAGCCAGCCCUUCACUGGCCUUGGGAGCAGCUGGGUUUCCUGCCCGCCCCCCUCCCGGCUUUGGGAAGGCCCCAAAAACGUGCCCUGGGGGUGCGGGGCCGUGCUGAGCCCCCCCCUGCUCUGUGCUUGCAGCCCCAGCCCUGUGGUUUUUGGUGCCGCGGUGCCCACGCUCGUGGGGCUGCGAGCCCGGGGUGAAGGCUGGUUUCUGGCCUUGCUCCUUGGCUUGAGCUCCUGCUUUUUUUGUAGGAAUUGCAGGGGAAGGUGCACAUUUAGGGCCGGGGGAGGUGGGCAGCUUCCCCGGGGAGCUGAGGACCCCCCGGGCUUGCUCCCAGCACCCGUUGGGGAGGGAUUUCUCCUCCCUGCCAUCGUGGUGGGUGCCGAGGGCAGCCCUCAUCCUCCCCGGCUCCCCUUUUUGGUGAUUUUUCUCCCCGUUCCCACCCCAGCUCCAGCCUCGGGCUCGCUCCCUGCCCUGCAGCUCACGCUGUCACCUCGUCACCUCCCUCCCCAGCCCCUCGGUGACGGGUGCAAGGCCGGGGCCACCAGGGUCACCCUGCGCUGACGUGGCCGGGUCCGUGCGCAGCGAAACGGCUCCGUGGUGCUGGCUGGGGCCGCCGCAGGCAUCUUGUGUGUCCCCCCCCCUCUGUUUUAGACAUAGGCCGGCGUCCCGGGGGCUGCCCGCUGCCGGGGCCGCGCUGUGGGUGUUUUAAAUGUCCCGUUUUACUCAGCUUUCAGGGUUUUCUUUCAGCCCUCUUCUCCAGGGAGAGAAGCGGACGGGGAAACCGCGCACUUUUUGCUCCCUCCUGCCCCCAGACCCCCGCUAACGUCGUCCUUUCCCCCCCCCCCAUACCUCCUGCUGCUGCCCCUGCAGGGAGAGGUGCUGCUGAAAGGUGCUUGCAGGCAGAGGGGGGCCCAUUCUGUGCCCCCCCCAGGGUGUAAGUGCUGCUCCUCGGGGCUCAGCCCGAGGCACGAAGCUGUCCUGCACCCGGCUUCCCGGAGCCGCACCUCGUCCCCCUCCCCUUGUCCCCGUCCCCCUCCUGUCGGGGAGGAGAGGUCCCGUCGGUUGUUUUAUUUUAUUUUUUUUUCUCCUGUUAACCUUUUCUAAGGGCAAACUGGUGUGUGUGUGCCGUUCGUACUGGUCCCGUCCUGCCCUGCUUGUCCUGAUGACUGGAAUUUAGACGGUUCCUAGCACUAAUAAAGGUUUUCCUCAGCCGCUGGCUGCGGGGCUGAG